GGCCGCCGUCGAUCCUAGUCACGCGGUAGUUGGGUUGUUUCUAGGGGGCGGAGCGGACGGGAAAUUUAAACUUUGAGCAGCGGCUGAGGGCGCGGGGGGUACUGGAGAGCGGCCUCUGACUGGAGUUGGAGGGGAGGUGUAUUGUCAGGGUCCUCCAACCCUGAAAGCUGAUGUCUGAAAUGAGGCUCCAGCUCUUGCCUCCACCUUCAGGGGCUCCAGUAGAUAGUCUUCUGGGGAAAAACCCUAAAGAACCUCCUGGUGUCAUGAAACAACCUCUUACUGGAAAGUCCUUCUACUUGGAUCUGCCUGCUGGCAAGAACCUCCAGUUUCUGAUGAGAGCUAUCCAAGAGCUGGGUGGAGUGAUUGAGAGUUUUCUAAGUAAGGAAGUAAACUACAUAAUAACCAGCCGCAGGGAGCCCAAAGCAGAGAAGAGUGCAUUGGGCCAUCAAGGCUUCACCAGCCUUAGGAAAAGGCAUGUGGAAAUGACCUCUCCAGCUGAUCCUAAAGGCAACCAGAAUUUUUCACACAAGCCCAGAGAAUGUGUUCCCAUGAGCAGAGGGAAGGAGCUCUUGCAAAAGGCCAUCAAAAAUCAGGGUAGUACCAGUUGCAGCUCUGGAGGUAGCAGCAGCCUCUUGGCCAAUGCCCGCUCCUGGGGAGUACAGAUCCUCCAUGUUGAUGAAAUGUUGAUGCAUGUACAGCAGCUGUGCCUUGGUAUUUUGCAUCUGACCGAAAAAGAACAAGAACGGAAAAAGACAAAGAAAACAUGCACAGCAAUGGAAUCAAGAGCUCCUAAAGUGGCAAGAUUGAAGGUUCCAUUUUUAAAGAUUGAAGACAGCAGCAGAAAAUUCCAACCUUUCUACCAUCAGUUCAGGUGCUUUCCUGACCUCAACUUCCUGGGAUCCAAAGGCACAAGUCCAUUUGAAACUCUGAGAAUCUCCCUCCACAAACGCAAAACCAAAGACCUUGAAGGUGAUGAGCUAAGCCCCCAGUCUACAGCCUGCACAGUGCCCCGAAGGAAGAAGGGGUACUGCGAGUGUUGCCAAGAGGACUAUCAGGAGCUCAAUGUGCAUCUCCAAAGUGACCAGCACAGGGGCUUUGCCACAGAAGCAUCCAAUUAUAUGGCAGUGGACCAGAUUGCAUCCCAGCUCAGCAAUAACUUUGCUGAACUCUCCACUCAGAUGCUGCCCCCCUGGCUGCCAGGUUCUCCAGCUGUUGGUCUGGAACAUCACAGUUCUUGUUCUUUACAAAAAUCACCUCCAAGCCACGCUCCAGAUGCCAGAGUAUCAUCUCCUAGGACAAAUGGAGCCCCAAGAGAGGACCGUUUGUCAUCAGGAGCUCUCAGCCUCUUGACCCCAAUGGAACAGACUAGUGGAGGGAAAGCUACAGGAGCAGAAGAUUCCAAGAGGUUGGGACAUUUGGGUGAGACCAUUCUGAACUCUUCUGGAGAGCCAUCACUUGCUCACCAACUUACUCUGGUUUGCAGCUCUUCUGUGGAACUCUUAGCUAAUCCCCCUUGUUGUGACAGACCAACAGCCCCUCCUUUCCUCAGUGAGCAAGACGGGUCGUUGACAGGCCAUAAGCGGAAACUCCAGUCCCCUAAUUGUAGGGCUGAGAAGAAACUUCGGGUGCCUGUGGAUACUGUGCCCUGUUCCAGUAUCUCAGAUACACCUGCCAUGUGCCCUCCCACACCUGAGCAGGAACAAAGAGACACUUUAUCUCCCUCUCCCUUCCUGACCACAAAUCUAGAUAUUUUGCUCGCUUCUCCAAUUGGCGCUACCCACAAGCCUGCAUUGCCCUUCCCGUGCAGCUCCCCCAGCAAGCCUCAGGGAGAACCACUAUGCUCUGGUGUUCCAGACUUGGAAGCAGAUGCACUAACAAAGAUGUCUCUAGACAUGCACCGUUUCUCCCCCCAGGAAGGAGCACAAAGGGCAGCAAGGCUGUCUCCCUGUUGGGCCUCUACCCCUUGCCCUGACCAUCAUUCUCAGCCUAGCCACCCAGCCUGCCAGCCCGCCCCCCUGCCACCAACAGCCUCAAGCUCUGAGCAGCGUUUGCAGGGAGCCAGUUUCCCUUUAUCAGUAGAGAAUGCAGUGUCCCCACCUCCUUGCCCACCAUCAGAAAGACAAGGCAGUCCUUCCACGGCUCCUGCACCCCUCCUUCCAGCUAAAGCUAGCCCUCUGCUGGAGCACUGUUCUUCAGAGUCAGAAUGGGACACACAGCUCCUCUCCAAGCUGGAAAGGCCACAGGCUUCACGAGACCGAUCCUUAGAUGCCGAGGGCCUCCGCCGGGCCCGGGUCAUGAUUCUAGACAGUGGCUAUGAGUCCCACCUCUAUUCGGUGCUACAGCCCAAACCUGAACUGGAUUGGGAAAGGAAAGAAGAACAGAAUCAGGGGAGCUGCCGAGCGGAGACAGAGGGUGCCCCAUUCGUGGCUUUUGAGACCUGCCUGGACACCUGGACCAGCUGAACAAGCACCUUGAAGCUAGUGCUGCUCAUAGCCCUGAGAGCUGGGCCUUUGUGUGGACCCAACCUAAUUUAGCUGUGUUAACAUCCAGGGACUUUGUGUGGAACAGGCUGGGCUGGGCUGCCUCCCAAAGCCCCUUUUCCCUCUGGAGUCUCCCCCACCCUCAUCCCAUUGCCCACAUGUCCUUAUUCAGGGCCUUGAUCCUUGUCCAGAAUGUCACUACCGCCACCCCAUUCUGAGAGUUAGGACUGACACAGAGAGGCAUUGCAAAUAAAACACAGCAGGAGUUACAUUCAUCCUAGUUUCCUAUUACAGCCAAAGCAUUUACUCCCUUAAAAGGGCUAAAGUUUCCCCAAGAAUUAGCCUCCCUUCCCACAAACAUCUGGUUCACUUGUGCUCAGUGUCCUCCUCCCCCCUCUUUCUGUCAGAUAGAAGCAAACACAGAUCUGUAUCAGGAGGGGGCUGGGGCGAUUGGGGCUAGCCAAGCCCAUGGAGCUUCCUCCCAGCGCACACUUAGCGAGCUCCCAACACUGACCUUUCCCCUCCAUUUCAGGUGAGGCUGGGUGGGAGCUGAUGUCAGCCCUUCGAGCCAUGUCCCUAGACUCAGACAAGGAGCCCACCCCCAAUAACUUAAAGUCCUGCUUUCCUGAGAUAAUUGUCUUUACUCCACUUACUUCCCCACCACUCUCUUCACUCCUUUGAGCCCUCAGUCCACUUUGCUGAACCAUUAAUCUGUAAAUAGAGAUGGACUUGCUAUUGAUUCCUUGAAUGCUCCCCCUGCUUUUAAUCUAUGCUGCAGUUCUUCUCUGACUGUCUGUGUCUAUCUUUCCUUCACUCAUUCUUUUAAUUGGAACUGCCUGAGACUUGAUGCUAUUAAAUGACUAAGUUUAGGGGAAGGUUGGCAUAGGUCCCCAUGAAGACUUUAGUUAUUACCUGUUUGGCGUUUUAAAUAGUAUCCCUAAGUAAAUUGAGAAGUUUUAAUUUUGUUAUAAAGAGUAUAAAUAAAUAGAUUUGUUAACAAGGUAAUGACUGAUGGUGUAUGCGAUGCUUUACAUACACUAUCUCAUUUGAUCUGAACAAUUGGUAUAGGGAAAAGAGCACUGAAUUUAGAGCUGGAGGACCUUGGUUCAAAUCCUAACAUUGUCAUUUGGGUAACUUUGGGCAAAGUUGUUGAAUCUCUUUGAGUCUCUACUUUCCUUUCGGUUAAAUAAGAGAGUUGGACUAGAUGAUCACUAAGCUGUGCUAUGGGCCUUGAUAAAGGUCUUUUCCAUUGAGCACUGUGGAACCUCCAUGCAAUUUUAUCCUCACUGUGUGUGUGUAUAUAUAUAUAUAUACAUAUAUGCCUCUUAUGCACAUGACACCCCAUCCCCAACUGACUUUUCCAGUGAGGCCUCUUUCUCCUCAGUGGGAGAACUGGAUGUGUCUGUCCAUUUGGAUUCCUUAUAGUGCCUCUUCUGGACUAUCAAUUCACCAGCAUCACUUGGUCCUCAUUUGAAGUUUUUGCCAUUGGACUGUGCUAACUAUUCUCUUUACAUCACUAUUCUCAUUUGUCUUGCUUUAGCACGCAUUUCUCCAUUUCACUUGGAUUACAUUUAUCGCCAUCUUCCAUUUCGUCAUUAAGGAUGACUCAAGCCCUAAUGUGGUAAAAUCUUUACCCAAUCACAGAGACCUGCAACUCUAACUUAUGUACCUUAUCAUGACAUGGCACCCCAAAUCUCAAACGGGUGCUCUACCCUUGCUAACCACAAUAUUUUCAUUUGUCAUUCCCAGUGGUUUGCUGAUGCCAAGAGGAAACUAUUGGCUAUCUUCUGACUCCAUGACCAUAAUAUUAACCUCACCAAAACCCAAUAUGUCUUAACCCAUCUUCCCUGUUUCCUCCCAAAUACACAGCACAAAUAAAUAGCUUCUUACUUAAUCAUUCUCCCAGUCAUUGAUAUAGAACUCAAUUACUUUUUUUUCCCCCAGGGGAGAAAUCAUUUUAUUUUCAGUUUUGUUUCCAAUUCACAUACUUAUACAAGUACUUCAAAAAAGUUGAUUAAACACCAAAUGUAUCUGGACAUCUGUAGAACUCAAUUACUUUUGACUUCUGCCUUUUACCCUCUAUAAAAUUAGUUUCCAAGUUUCA